AUGCUGCUAAAGUCCUUUUACAUAUACACACUCGGUUGCGGUCUGGUGCCGGCUCCUUUGAAAAAGGGAAAGUUCCUCACAGGAUAUUCGCAGAAGUGGUACCUCCUCUACACGGCCUUUCUGCACGGAGUUCUUCUCGUCCUCCUGCCCUUCACAUUUCCCCACUACAUGUACGAUGAGAGCUACAUGAGCAGCAAUCUGGUUCUCCAAUGGGCCUUCAAUUUGACCAACAUAACCCGUAUAAUGGCCAUGUUUUCGGGUGGUCUUAUGAUGUGGUUCAAAAGAAAAAAGCUCGUACAAUUGGGAGAACACCUAAGAAGACACUGUCUUAAGUGCGAAAAACUAGAGGAUAAUUCCAGAAAGUUUCUUAAACUGCGAAAGAGAAUUCGAGGAGUACUUGGUCAGAUGUUCUUUGUCACGAAUCUCAGCCUUUUGGUGGGCACUUUAAUACUAAUGGAAAUCGAUACGGAUCAUGGUUUCAGCAAAAUAGCAAUGAUUGCGACGCACAUCAGUCAAUACACCUAUAUAGUUAUUAUGAUGGCGGGUAUUUGUGUGAUCCUUGUAAUCCUUCACUGGCAGAGUGAAAGGGUUCAUUUAGGUCUCGAGGACCUGUGCUAUUUCCUUAAUCAUGAAGAGCGCAACUCCCUAGUUUUAUCGGAAGACAAGGCUAAAAAGUCCCUGGACAACCUGCGCAAUCUUUUCCAGCUUUUUGCGGAAAAUCAGCGACUCAUUAUAAAGGUUUUUAAAAUAUUUGACAUCCCCAUCGCUUUGCUGUUGCUAAAAAUGUUUGUGACAAAUGUAAACCUGGUUUAUCAUGGCGUGCAAUUCGGUAAUGAAUCUAUAGAAACAUCGUAUCACACCAGAAUCCUGGGACAAUUGGUGGUAUUCUCGCAUUACUGGAGUGCAGUUCUGAUAAUGAAUAUUGUGGAUGAUGUGACUCGUAGCAGUGACCUCAAAAUGGGAAACUGCUUGCGGCAAUUUAGUCAUCUGGAGUUGGUCAAAAGGGACUUUCAAUUGCAGCUGGAACUCUUUUCCGAUCACUUGCGUUGCCAUUCUGCAACCUACAAGGUCUGCGGACUAUUUGUGUUCAAUAAACAAACUACUAUGGUUUAUUUUUUCUUCGUCCUGGUUCAAGUUUUGGUCCUUGUACAAUUUGAUCUUAAGAAUAAAGUCGAAAAAACGACUCCAAAGUAUUCAAACAUGUCUUAA